AGCCGGUCUCGCCCUCCCGCAGCCUGCGAUCAGGCAGCGACUUUCCGCGGAGGCUGCCGGGUCCCGUGCGCGCCCUGCUGCAGGCAGACACGAAACCGAGGGCUGCCCACGUUCGCGUGUGUCUGCCAAGCGCCUCAAGGACGAGUAGGAAGAGCUGCGGGAGGGAACUCCCCUGACCUCUCUGUUGAAGGUGUGCGCGCGUGUGUGCGCGCGUGCAGCUCCCCAGCCUGCAGAGGAGCUCGGCGCCCGGCCGCGCAGCGUGAGCAGGGCCGGCUGCAGCCCGCAGCAGCUCCCGGCCCAUCCCGGCACAUCCCCGGGCCAGCUGUGAGAGCAGCGGGGACGAGCAGAGCUCAUUUCCCCGCGGCUGCACUGGGGAGGAGCCAGCACGGCACGGAGUGAGCUCCCGGCACCGCGCCGGCACCACUCCAACACCGCUCCGGCACCGGCACUGCUCCAAACGCGCUCCGGCACUGCUCCGCUUCUAGCACUGGGACCUCUCCAGCCUCGGCACCGCUCCGAACGGGCUCCGGCACUGCUCCGACGCAGGUACCACUCCAAACGGGCUCCGGCGCUGACCCCACGCCUGUGCGGGAAGAGCUGUCCCCGUUUCUCUCCGGGACCCGGCUGGGUACAGCGGCGCCGCCGCGGCAGGAAGGAGGAAGGAGACUGAGCUGCCCCUGCGGCCCGGGCUCUGCUGUCUCUUGCAGCACAAGGUAAAAUGAACAAGAUGAAAAACUUCAAGCGGAGGUUUUCUCUCUCAGUUCCUCGGACAGAGACCAUUGAGGAGUCACUGACGGAGUUCACAGAGCAGUUCAACCAGCUCAACAACCGGAGGAAUGAAGACCUAGCCCAAGGGCACUUGCAGCUGGGACACCUGGGCAGGGAUUUCCGAGCAGGCACCACCCCUAUUUCCCCCUCUGAGGUGGAAGGCCCAUCCCCGAUGGCUGUGCGCUACCGAAACAGCAACCAACGCCGCUUCUCCAUGGAGGAUGUCAACAAGCGUCUCUCCCUGCCCAUGGAUAUCCGCCUGCCCCCGGAAUUCUUGCAGAAGUUGCAGAUGGACAGUCCGGAGUUCCCCAAGCCCCUCAGCAGGAUGUCCCGACGGGCUUCCCUCUCAGAUAUCGGGUUCGGGAAGCUGGAAACCUAUGUUAAACUGGACAAACUGGGAGAGGGCACUUACGCCACUGUCUUCAAGGGGCGCAGCAAGCUGACAGAAAAUCUUGUUGCACUGAAGGAGAUUCGCCUGGAGCACGAGGAGGGGGCACCUUGCACAGCCAUACGGGAAGUGUCCCUGCUGAAAAACCUGAAGCAUGCCAACAUCGUGACCUUGCAUGACAUCAUCCACACGGAGCGCUCCCUCACCCUCGUCUUUGAGUACCUGGACAAUGACCUCAAACAGUACCUGGAUAACUGUGGGAGCCUGAUGAGCAUGCACAAUGUGAAGAUCUUCAUGUUUCAGCUGCUGCGUGGCCUGUCUUACUGUCAUGGAAGAAAAAUCCUGCACCGAGACCUCAAACCCCAGAACCUGCUCAUCAAUGAGAGAGGAGAGCUCAAGCUGGCUGACUUUGGACUAGCCAGAGCCAAGUCAGUCCCUACAAAAACAUAUUCCAAUGAGGUGGUCACACUGUGGUACCGGCCCCCAGACGUCCUUCUAGGAUCUACUGAAUAUUCCACUCCCAUCGAUAUGUGGGGCGUGGGCUGCAUACACUACGAGAUGGUCACCGGACGGCCCAUGUUCCCUGGCUCCACGGUGAAAGAAGAGCUGCAUUUAAUCUUCAGGCUGCUGGGAACCCCAACGGAAGACACCUGGCCUGGAAUAACAUCCAACGAGGAGUUUAAGGCUUACAAUUUCACACAGUACCGAGCCCAGCCAUUAAUAAAUCACGCCCCAAGGCUGGACUCGGAAGGCAUUGACUUGCUGAUGAGUCUCCUUCUGUUUGAAGCCAAAAGCCGGAUUUCAGCGGAGGCAGCUCUGCGGCAUGCUUAUUUCAAGAGCCUUGGGGAACGGGUACACCUCCUCCCUGACAAUGUCUCCAUCUUCUCCUUGAAGGAGAUCCAGCUUCAAAAGGACCCAGGCUACCGAGGCUCAGCCUUUCAGCAGUCAGCCCGAGGGAAGAACAGGAGGCAGAGUAUAUUUUAAACCUGGAUCUUGUGUUCCCGUUGUCACCAUGGAGAUCAAAGCACUGAGAAAGGAGACAGCAACACGCUCCCACCUGACCCAUCACAGAAUUACUGACUCGAGCAGGACGAUGCUGAAGUACCCUUGGCCACAGGCUCUCUUCUGCCCGCCUCUACAGCCCUCUCCCUGCCACCCCUCAGCCCCUGGCAGCUGUUGUCAAAGGAGCUGUGGCCUUCCCCCCUUGUUUUCAUUUUGCACCCAUCAGACAAGAGCUGCUACCCUCUGUCCAGGUGCUUUAGAGAGUAGUUGCCCUGAGCAUUGCCCUGGGCUCAGGGUGCGUGCUAUCCCUGAGGGAACCCACUCGCUGCUCUUGGGGAAGUGAGCCAGGGGCAGGGAGGUUUUGUGAGCAGAGGGUGGUUUCUCCAAGAGCUGAGCAGCGACCAAGUCAUGGUACAUAGUGUCUGGCCCAAACAGGCAUUUCUGGCAAUGUAUCUUUGCUCAGACAACCAGCUCUGCACCCGCUGUCUCCUGGGGAGACACUUUGCAGCCGCACAGAGUUGGGGGCAUGGCCCAGACAGGCACUGGAGAGACUGAAACACAAAAAAUAGGGUAGCCCUCCCUCAUUUUCCCUUGCCACUGCCUACAUAACCCUUUUUCUCUCCCUAUCUCUGGACCUGAAUCCUGACUGAAGGAUGGAGUGGUUGGGAGGAAAGGGGUUUCCAUUGCUUCCCCCAACAUCUCCCCCUCCUUGCUAGCAUUGCGUUUAUAAAUUUGGUCAGUUGGCUGCUCUCCAGAGAUGUCCCUAGCUGAGAAUGAGGGCUCGGUUAGCCUGCCUGGGAUGGAGGAUGCCUGGUGGUAGAGCUGUGCAGAAACAGGGCCAAAUGCGCACUGGGCUCCUGCUGGUUUCCGUUGCCGCGCUGAGCCCUUCGUUCAGCCUUUUCCAAGGCACCGAUGAAGCAGCCUGUUUCUCAUCCCUGGAGCCUGCCACCCUGCUAGCCCAUGACCAUCUCCGCUGUUGUCACGAGGGAAAGGAUGCAACUCCCAGACAGCAUCUCAAGAGCGUGUGAACUGUUCUUCCCACCCAGCCGUCUCUAAGCUCUGCACACGAUGUGGCAGAGCCUGAGCUGCUCUGCCUCGCCGUACCAAAGUGUUGUGCACACCCACCUCAGUGCAUUUCUACCUAGAGGAAGGGGGAGAGGUGCCAAACCUCCCACAGCUCAGCUGUGGGACCAGAAAUAGACCGAGAGAGGCAGAAAGCAUCCCUCAAGCCUCUUCAUAUGGCCUCUACAUCACUGACAUCCUUUUGUACUGAAUGCCAGAUCAUACCAGCCCGGACUCUCAUACAUGCAGUGGGACUGAAGUGCAUGCUUAGAUCUGAACAUGCUUUGUUGGCUGAGGACUAUUCCUGGUGCAUUUUCCCCUCUGUACAUUUCAGGAACAUGCCAAAUCCAGGGCAAAGAGGCCCUGCUUAACCUCUUCCUUACAGCUUACAGUCUGAGAUGUCUUCAAGUAUGUGAGCAUUGUAGGAAGUUUUUCUUCUGUAUAAUGUUCACAUCUUUCUUGGCUCUCCUAGAUGACUAGUCCUCCCAUCCAUCACUCCUUCAGCCCUAAGGAGUGGCUGGGAGUCCCUGGGCAUGACAGUUGCUGUGACCCUGUCACUGGCAGUAGGACUGGCCAGUGUCUUAACCCCGCCCGUAGCGCUCCCAGCCUGGGAGGCAUCGCUCAGGGGAUGGUAACCCUCCCUGCCUUUGUUUCCCCAGUGAGCAGGCAGUUAGACCCCCCUUUUUCCACUUUGCUAUGUGGCACUUCUGUGAUUCUCUGAAAAUGCAAAGUGUGAGGAUAAAGUAGGAGAUCCCAGAGUUCCUCAAAGCUUCAGGAGGCGGCUCUUCCCUGUGCCAGUGCUCAGUGUCAUGCGCCGAGUUCCUCGCAUCAGACCAAAGCUGUUAAGCUGGGUUUGUCCUAGACAAGCAUCCAGACGUCUGCAUUGUUUGAGGUUUGCCCAUCCCUGCUCAGUUCCUUUGUCAGUACGUCCAGUGUACAGCAGGCUGAAUAGUUCAUUAAUUGUUUCCAUUUGAUAGGGGAAAGCAUGAAUAGCCAUCAGCCACCAGUGACGCAUUUCACCCUGAUACAGGCGCGUGUAAAGGGUAGUAGUUUGCCUGGUUUCGUAUGCCCUGCUCCUGCUGUAUGGGGCUUUUUAAAAGAGCGUAAGUAAGGGAGGCUCACAAAAGGAGGUGUUGGCUGGAGUAAGCCUGAACUCUCACAUUGUCGUCUUUUCUUUCUCAGAGGCAUUUUAUACAGCAGUUUCCUUGGUCUAGCUGGGAUCUGUGCAGCAGACUUGCACUUUCCAGGGCAGCCAGCUCCUGCCAUGAAUUAGCAGCUCAGUUGGCAGGCCAGCUCACGGGGGCAGCGGCUCCCGCUCCCGCGUGGCAGCAUGCUCAGGUACCGGUGGUGACGGGCCAGUGACGGGUGAGCGCAGAUUAGACGUGGGGAACAGCGAGCCACUGCACCCACUCUGGGGACACCCUUUCAGAACAUCUUCAGCCUGUCUUUGUGUGGUUUUCUUUCCUGGUUUUACCAGCCCUGUGCUCUGAGAUUGCCUUGGCCAGAAGGAGCCAUGUGCACUGGGACACUGGGUGCCCAGCUGAGCCCUUCUAGUUUUAUGCUGGAAAGGUGGAGGGGUGGUUUCAGGUCUGGAGGCCUUGCAGGUGGUGCAGAGCUGACUGUGGGCACGGGGGGAGAGAGGGGCUCUUGCUACCUGUUCCCCUAGAGCUCCUGGAGGUGGUGGCAAGAGCUGAGCACCUUGAAAUCAGUCCCACCAGAUCUGGGGUGGUUUCAGCUCCCCACGGGACAGGCACUGCUCCUGAGAGGCAAGGUCACCUACUGAAACAGCACCACGAUACUGGGGGAAAAGGUUGGAGAAAAGACCUAGCAAUGACUGCGUAGACAGCACUGCUUUACCCAGGAUCAGAUAGCAAAGAAAAGGGGCCUGUUAGUUGCUGUUUAUUGUUUCAUAGCCUUUGCCUUUUCUCCUACAAAUCCUUCCUGAAGGAGAUCUUUGUGCAGAGGCACUAUUAUUUAUUAGCCCUGUGUGCUACUAACAGCCUGAAUUUAAGAUAACCCCUUUUGUUCCACUGCAUUUAGUGGAUACUUGAUUCCUAUUCAGGAGAGCGAUAGUGUGUGUAAAUAUUUGGCACCCCACUAAGCAAGGUUUGAUUUAUAAGCUCCCAUUGCUUCUGCGCUAGCACGUGUUGGCUGGCAGAGCCCCGAGUGUGUGAUCUCCAGGCUCCUAUGGCACGCUGCCCGCAAAAGCCUUCCCCGCUGCCAAGAAAUGAGCUGCAGGUUCGCAGCGAUUAGCACUCGGAGCCAGAUCCCCCUUCUCCCACUCCUGGGUAUUGUUACUGUCCUGCUGAAGCCCAUGGAGCCUGGGGUAGGUUUAUGAGGACAAAGACCCCUCAAAUGCUGAGGCGUCCAAGGGGUUUGCAAAAGCUCCCAAGCUUGGAGCUGCUGUUGGAAACUGAACGAGGAACUCACAGGCUUGCCAAGGUGCCUGAUCACUGUUGUAGCUCUGGCUGAUGGUCUCGCUCUCUGCUUCCUUCGGCAGCUGACAGUGCAGGCUUUUCUGAGUAUUUGGAGCACUAGACAGUUCCAAAUUUGGAUUUUUAAAGUUGCACUAAUGAAAAUGCCGGGAAUUUCUGUGGCUCUCUGGAAUUUUUUCAUUUUGUGGGUUCUCCAUCAACAGCUUCACCAAGUGACUAAGACUUUUUCACAGAUUAGGAGUUUUGACAGAAAGAAAUUGUGGCUUGUCUUCCAGACAUUUUUUUUUGCAAUUUUUAUUUUUGCCAGUUCUGGUGGAAAACGGAAUUUUGGAUGUGCCCUCAGGAAAGGCUGUAUUCUUUCAUCUCUCCAGCUGAUAGCUAGUUAAAUGUAAGUAAAGUAAUGUCAAUAGCAAGUUCUCUUCUACGGGACAACAAUGAAACUUUACAGGCAGAGUUAUUUCAUUUCACUCCAUACACAUACGCACACGCCUUUCCUGGCCCAGCCCGUUGCCAGAUCUAUGUUAAGAUUUUAAAUAACAAAACUACAUUGUAUCUUAGAAACGAAGGAGACGAUAGGUGUUUUUUCCCCUCUCCUUACACAUGGCGAAAGAAAAAUAGAAGGUUAUUUUCCCAAGCUUCCCAAAUGUUUGGUUUUAUUCGUUUGUUGUUUUCCUAGGACUAAUCUUCAGUCAGAAAUUAGGCCAUCAUAAAACAGGAACGUAGAGUUCCCAGGAUCAGGCUAGGAACAGACAGGUGGGAAGACAUCAGAGAAAUAGUCUAGCCUGUUGGAGUGAAUAACAUCGACAGGUUUAGGGGUUUGGUUGUGUGUCCCAGUAUAUGGGGAAGGAGAUUGGACCUGGGGGUGAGAGCCUGCAGUCAGGGUACGUGACAGAAGUAGAACCAGACUCUCCAUUAGGACAACUGAAUCCAGUGCAGAGAGAUGUAUUUUUGUAUAGGCCCAGGGCAAGUAAUUGCUUAUUUACGAUGGCUGUUCCUGUGAACCUCACCUGGCACAUGGGAAGUGUCUAAUUAAGUGUGUGCUAAAUCCGUGCCCCCAUCAGUUAACCAGAGACUGUAGCCCACACCCAGCGUGAUGACUCUCCUCGCCUUACGUAGCUGGACUCCGCUCAGAGCGCAGAGCACGAGGUAGCUGAGGAGUCCUGCAAGGGCUGUCAGGUCUGUAUGAGAAUUAGGGUUAAAAGUGACAUUGUCUCACAUGCCAAAAGUCAUGGAUCCCUGCCUGACCAGAUUGCUCCAGCUGUGCUGUACCUCUGUCCUGUUUCUGUACUCUCAAGUCUUACAUGAAAUGCAUUUUGAUGUCCCUUUAGCACUCCCCACUAGCAGUGGCUGGGGUUAAUAGGCACAAAAACUACCCACUUUCUGAUUUCUUCAUUGCCUUCUUUCAUCCUAAGCAUCAUGCUUGUCCUACAGCAGGAAAACUAUAUCCAAGUGGCCAGGAUACACAUACUGUGAAUGUUCUCUGGUGUGAUUCAUUUGCAGAAUACCAAUAAUGUAUUUAACUAGCAUUGUGCGAUCGAAAGAUGCAUUUUAAAAGAAAUGAUUUUAAAGAUUUAUUCCAAAAGAAGCAAUGAUUUUUUAUAGAAAGUUUUUCUGGAAUAAAUGGAAAGAUACAAAACAAGAAUAAAAGAUUGUAUCCAUCCAUCAA